GACACCAGAUGACGCUCUUGUCUAACUGUCUCGCGCCUUUUUGCCCAAACGCUUAGACGGUCUCCAUCCCACAAACUUAUCGGACACGUUCCCCUUAUUCAUCAAUAAUCUCGGGGGAUCAAGCCAAUUUAUGACUGGCCAACAGUUGCACGUGAUUCUAUUUAAGCAUCCCAUAUUUGGGCAUUACACGUUGCAUCGUGAAAAAAAUCAAGCGAUAUUCCGCCACCUAUAAAUCCUGCCCUUUUUAGGGCAAAGCCCCUUUAACUUCCAAGGGAGACAAAUCAAAAACAAUAAACAAGAUUAGUAACAACAAACAAUCUAUGUAUGUUGUACGUUCAUUUCGGUUCUGGUGUGACUACGUGCUUCUAGUUGAUUCCUUUCUUGUAGGCUAUUUUGUAUCGAAGUAGAAUGAGCUCGUACGUGGGAAACUCUUUUUGUAACCAAACGCACGAUGCACCCUCCUUUAGCAUGCGCACUUUUGGUAACUAUGGGGCUGUCUCAGAGUUUCAGCAGUCCACUUAUGCUUACGGAGGGCUCGAUCUCAGUGGAGCGUUAGCUUCUCAAGUCGUUUCCGAGUCUCCGAAACGGGAGGCGAUGAAUAAGCACAACAGUGCCAGGAUCAACGCGGCACCACAUCGCCAGGCUUGCGCAGCCAUGGGUUCCCCAAGUCGUGUCAAUACACGCGGGUACAACUUGCUCAGUCACGGACUGUUGAGCCAAAAAGCAGAGAUGAUUAUGGAAGUUACGGAAAAACCCAUCGGCAAAAGUCAGCCCGGUGAUAUGGAGAUCACGCCAACGAUUAAGCAACAAACUAACUCGAGUGAGCUCCAGACACAAUCGCAACCGCAGAUAUACCCGUGGAUGACCAAGCUGCACAUUAGCCACGACUCUGACGGUAAAAGGUCACGAACCAGUUACACCCGCUACCAGACUCUGGAGUUGGAGAAAGAGUUCCAUUUCAACCGAUACCUCACACGUCGCAGGCGAAUCGAGAUUGCCAAUAACCUCUGCCUGAACGAGAGACAAAUUAAAAUUUGGUUCCAGAACCGUCGCAUGAAGUGGAAGAAGGACUCAAAGCUGAAAGUUAAAGGUGCACUAUAAUGAUAAGGUGGUAUAGCAAAUAUACCUGCAAGCAAGAUGAAAGUUAAAGUUCAUUAAUAUAAAUGUUACAAAGUCCAUGCUGUUCAAAACUGGCAAUUACAGAUUAUAAUUGAUAGAUUACGAUCUUAAUUUUAUGUAAUUAUGUAACGUAUGUGCUCACAACAUGUUCUGCUGACGACACAUUGACAACGGGGAGGAGCUUAUUUGGGUCACACCCAUCCAGAAGUUACAGCAGGUUAACACGUGAACGUGCAAUUCUAAUUAUUUAAAGAGAUAUUUUAAAUAAUUCAGUAUUAUUUGGUUUGCCUUCUGUAUUUUAUGUUUAUAUGUCUGAUAGGAUAUGUCUGUUUAUAAGAUGUGUCUGUAGUGAUGAACUGCACGCAACAAAAUGUCAUAUUACUCACUGUAUGUUCCAAUUACACGUUAGAUAGUCAUGCUUUAUGUACCUGUUGUGAGUAAUUUCAAUUUACUGCUGAAAGAGAUGACUUCGAAAGUUUUUUAAGUACUAAAGAAGGAUAUUUGGGUUCAAAGUUGUAUUAGCAUCAAUGCGAGGCAAUUCAGCAACAGAAAGUUUGCCCAGUAUAAUGCUAAUACUCAGAGUUCAAGAGUUGCACCUUUAUAUAAAUGUAGUUUAUUAAUCUACAUUUUACAAAUGUUACAUGUGCAAUGCAUAAAAGAAUCAAAUGUGGUUGGUGCGGCCUAACAAUUUAAAUAAACUUAUUACCAGAUAGACUCUUUCAAUCGUUAUUCUGUCCGUUUUUAGCGAGA